AUGACCGGCCCAAUGCCCUGGCACGAUGGAGAAGAGAAGGUCCAUCACCUGCUCAAUGCGCCUGAAGUCGAUAACCCUUCAACACCAUUCCUAAGCCCCAGAGCGGGAGCUUUUCUACAGCAGGCCCCACUUGUUGCACUUGGUACAUUGGAUGAGAAAGGUCGGCCAUGGUCAACACUGUGGGGUGGCCAAGCAGGCUUCGCAGGUCCCAUCGCCGAAUCUAUCAUUGGGCUUCGCGCACUAGUUGACAGCAGAGGUGAUCCCGUCGUCAGAGAACUACUCGGCAAUCAAGAUGAAAUGAACAGCAAAUAUGAGGAAAUGGCCCCCCGGCAAGGAAAAAUGGUUUCUGGACUGGCAAUUGAUUUGGAAAAUCGACGAAGAGUGAAGUUGUUUGGCCGGAUGAUGGCAGGGUCUCUCAACGACGGAGACGUGGCACAGGCACAGCUUGUUGUCAAGAUCGAAGAAAGCCUCGGAAAUUGUCCAAAGUAUUUGAACAAAAGACACAUCGUUCCCGCUCAUUUCAAUCCAACCAUCCUAUCCGACAAACCGCAAUUGACCCAGGCAGCCAUCGACCUACUUUCCCGUGCAGAUACAAUGUUUGUGUCAUCAUCUCGUGAAAAGACAGACAUGGAUACCAAUAUACGUGGUGGACCUCCUGGCUUUAUACGCGUUGAGUCAAAUGACACAAGCGGCGCAGUUCUCGUCUAUCCCGAGUAUUCUGGGAACAGACUCUACCAAACGUUGGGAAACCUGCAGCUUAACCCGCGGGCGGGCUAUGUGAUUCCAGACUUCGAGACCGGGGAUGUGCUCUACGUCACCGGUGACACUCAAACACUUGUUGGUAAAGACGCCGCUGAAAUUCUACCUCGUUCCAAUCUUGCCAUCCGCAUGAAAAUAACAGCGGCAAGAUUCGUGCGUAACGGGUUAGCUUUUCGUGGUGAAGCCGGCGAGCUAUCCCCAUACAACCCGACCGUUCGUUAUCUCUCAACAGAAAAAAGCAUACCUACGGCAGAGACAGCCGGGGAUAUGACCGCAACUUUGAUUAAGAAAGAGACCAUCACACCAACAAUCAAACGAUUUCGAUUCCGUGUUUCAAGCCCAAACCCUAUCUCCUGGAUUCCGGGCCAAUAUGCGACUUUGUCAUUCGAAGAGGAACUAAAUCUAGGAUAUAGUCAUAUGCGCGACGACGAUCCCACUAGUUUGAACGAUGACUUUAUCCGAACAUUCACCGUAUCAUCUUCUCCAAAUCGCGAUCUACCGGCUAACGAGUUCGAACUCAUGAUUCGUCUGCAUGGGAAAGUGACUGACUAUCUUUUUCAUGCAAACGAGCAAGCGAGACUGGAAGUGCCCCUCAAGGGAUUUGGAGGCACUUUUCGUUUCUCUAUGAACGACAACACGAUCCUCCCCUUUGUAGCGGGUGGGAUUGGUAUCACGCCUCUAAUCGGGCAACUUCCAGAUCUUGCCCUCGAUCGCCUUCGAUUAUUCUGGUCGGUGUCGAUUCAUGAUAUGGGAUUGGUGCAGGAUUUGUUCCAGCGAUGGCCUCGAUUGGCUGCUUCUACUACGCUUUUUGUUACCGGAGUUAGUUCGGACAUGGAUGAUCGUCUUCGCUCAUUUUAUGAGACUGUCAAGUCGUCUGAUGCACAUGUUGAGCAACGUAGGAUGCAGGAUGAUGAUUUGGAUCAUUCGUUGGCUGAUAUUUGGUAUCUAUGCGCAGGGACUGCCUUGCAGCAAAAAGUUCUGACUUGGUUGGAAGGAAAGAAAGUUAUGUACGAGAAUUUUAAUUAUUGA